AUGAACGUACAGCUGGACAGGAACCAGCCUCGUACGCCAGCGACAGAUAGCCGUGCGCUACAGAACCUCAUCAAAGCCGAAAAGACAUACGUCGACGAACUGUUAAGCGCGACGUCGGCAGCGUUUGGCGCUGCGUCGUCAUUGCAUGCGUGGGGCAUCUCAGAAACGCCCGAUUUGGACCAUGCAUCCGAUAUAGUGGCGCAGUAUCUCGAGAAGGCUGCAAACGCACAAAAGACAUACGCUCAGUCGCUCGAUCAGUACCGCGAGUCGCUAAAGGACAUGCUGAACCGUGAGCAAAGCAUUCGCAGUAUCGUGCGAGAUCGCGACAUUCUCAUGAGCCGCGUCAUUAAGCUAACUCAGCGAAAACCCACGAAACGCGAACUGAUGAAGGGUGAGGAAGAGCAUCAGAUGCGCAUGCUCGAUGCGCAGCGCGAGCUCCAGGCAUGUGAGCAGACGCUUGCGAAUGAAACAGCAGCCCUCAUCGGUGUGAAGCGCCGCACAUUCAAAGAAGCCCUCACGAUGCGUGCCAAGGUCCUGGGCGACACGGGUGCAAUUAUGAUGGACAAUGCGCGUGAGAUUCUUGUGUUUCUCGAUACGUUCGAUGCGGACAUUCCCGUGGCUCCGAUGCCUGUGGACCCGAUGGAUCGCUCCGAGCAUCUCUACGGCGCAGCACCUGUGCAGAAGCGCUCUUCCGCUGAUCAGAAUAUCUUCCUCUCUGACGCUGACACGCUCUAUCAAAUCAUGCCUGAAACGCGCCCGCAGCAGCAACAGGUAGAGUCGGUCCAACAGGCAGGCCAGUUGGAACAUGCAGAUUAUGGUGUUCCGUCGGACGAAGCCGCUCUCAUGAUGUCUCCAGGGCUGGAGGGCGAGCCUGUGUACGAUGUGGAUCCGUCUCCGUAUGACGGUGUCGUGCCUGACGAUUCGCUCCAGCCACAGCUGGCGCAGCAGCCUGAGUCGUUCGGUACGCGUCUUUCGCCUUUGCCGUCGAAGUCAUCUGCAAGGAGGCCGCAGCGUUCCGGCAGCAUGGCCUCUAGCGUGCGGUCGCGCGACAGGCCUUCGCGCGCAUCCCGCACAGGACACAGGCGUGCAUCGUCCAGCUUGUCCAGUCAACUGCCCUCGAUGUCGCUACCAUCUGUUCCUGGAGGCGUGCCCAGUGCACCGCGCAUGAAUCUUGAGCAUGCGCGCGAUGGUUUUGUUGCUCCGAUUGUGCCUGGCGGAGUGCCAUCUGCGCCGCGUCUUUUUGCUCACCAUGAUGACGAUAUGGCCGCAAGCACCGUCGACUCAUCCGUCGUGCAGCGACCAACGCGACGUCGCCAAGCAGAUUCGGACGACGAGGACCAGGGAUUCUUGCGUCGCGGAAGCACAAAGCACCAUUAUGGUGGCGGCGGCGGUGGCGGCGGCUUCUUCUCACGCGUUUCGAACUUGUUCCGCACCGACAUCCGAGCAUCCCCGCCACGCUCGCACCGCCGCUCAGGCUCCGAAUCUCUGUUGGCUCCACUGAGUGGCUCGAGCCGAGCUCCCACGCGCUCAUCAUCACGAGUGUUCCGUGACCGUGGUGGCGACAGUAGUGACGAAGAGCCUGCGGGUGUCAUGUACCAGCACUUCAACGAGCGUCCAGCGCUCCAGCUGUAUUCGACACAGUCAGGCCCACGUUCGCCGGAAGAACAGGCGCUUGACGAGGCGAUCCGGCAAAGUGUGAUGGGAGCUGGCCUUGGCUCUUCGACACGCAGCCGGCCCGCAUCGCGACAGUCGGACGUCGUGGGUGGAAUCAAGACAGGUGCGCCGUCCAAGGCGGCAACGAGACCGCGCAAGCCUCGCAGCAAUUCGGUCGACCUUGGCAAUGGCGCUACGGUCCAACGCGUUGAAUCCACGAGUUCAUCGACUCGGAAGGUGAAGAAGCGCAGCAGUGUUGACCGCGUGGGAGCCACCGGCACGACUGCCAGCACAACCACCACCUCGCCGCCAGGCACAGCAACAAAGGGCAAGAAGAAGCGGGAUGCGACGGCCUUCCCCCCUCCUGCCCCGUCAAGCUUCUACAACCCUGGCAAGUACGCCACAGACUCGUGGGUACCGCGUGCCGACCAACUGCCGGCACGACCCGCGAGCGCACAGGGUCUCACGAGUACGCGUGCGUCGACGCCGCUCAAAUCUGCAAUGAAGUCGAAGGAAUCGCCGUCCGUGAGAGGCAGGCGCAUCUCCAUUGCCGAAGCCGAUUCCAAUGCCUCGCAGGUGGCGUCUAGCCGCUCAGAACUUCCGCCUGCUUUGUCCUACAUGAAUAUAGCUGCAGCAACGACGCCAACACCGACGGCAACGGCGGCAACGACUACGACGGCGUUGGGUGAUGCCGAUGCACGAUCCCUGCCGUAUACAAGUCUGUCGCCAACGACUACGUUCACGCCCAUGUCACUGGACCUGGGUCGGCCUGUGGACGGAACAGGAUCGCUCGGCAUGAAUCUCACCGACUCAGACUCACCGACAAAGCGGUCGUCUAUGCCGGCUGGUUUGGCACCUGCCAUGUCCUACCUGUCGGUCAAAUCGUCGUCGCAGCCGCCAACACUGCCAAGAAUCACGAUGGAUGACAACAUGGGCUCAGAUGCGACCGACCUGUACCGCGCAUGGAUGGCGUCUUCGGAAGCCCAGCCGACGUCCUCUAGCACAACCGCAUCCGAACCUGCUGUGGCACCAGCUGAUGCUGUGCCAUCCAUGUCCUCGAAAGUUGAGCCUGCCAUGACAUGGGCCUCGCCGACUCCUUCGUCUGUGCACACGCCGUCAUACAUGGUCAAGUCGCCCACUAUGAACACAUCCUCUGCCCUCCCGUACGGCACCCAGGCUUCCAGCCCCGCAUUGGGACGAAAUGCAAGUCAUAUUGUCACCAAAUCCACUAGCAGUGGAAAUGGCCAUGGUGGAGCUGUGAGUCGCUUGAGCCAGCCAAUGAACAUUCACAACGCUGGUCAGCACGUACCUUACGGCAGUCAAGAUGAUGAGGAGGACAGCGGACCACUGAGAAGGCGCACGUCUGACUGGAACACUCGCAUUGGACGUCGUGAUGACUCAAGUGACGAAGAAGACAGUGCCGCCGGUCUAGGUGGCGCCAACGAUUAUUACUCGGCGCGCAUGGCCUUCGGUAAGUCGACGCGACAUCUUGGCCUAGCCACAGGCACGAUCCAGCCGAAGCCUCCGGGCGAGAAGCGCAAGAAGGCUGCUGCCUAG